AUGAAGAAAAUUUUGAUUCAAGAACUGACGGCGCUGCUGGAGAGGCAGACGGAGAGAGCCGCCGAGGCCGACAAGCGCCUGGAGCGUUUGGAGAGGCUGCUGUACAGAGAGCCCUCCGCGGGGACCGGGACGGGCACGACGGCGGAGUGUCAGAGUCGGGGGCUGAGCGAGGCGCUGAUGAAUCCGUUGGACCAGCUGCCGCCGCCCGCCGGACUGUCUCACGCCGGCGGAGACACGUGUCGCGCCGCUGGCGCCAUCUGUCGUGCGUGUGGCGAACCAGGACAUUUUGAGGUAGUGUGCCACGAGAGGGCCACCGCCGCGGCCGAUCGUCCAGUGGCGACCUCUGCAGUGACGAGAGUACGCGACUCGCCGGUGGUGGCGCCAGUAACGGUAGCCGCCGGCACCGCCGUGUUGCCGCCGCAGGCGGACACGGGCCGCACCGGGAGUACUGCAGCGCAGCCCACAGAGCCGGACGGAGCUACGGACGCCUACGGAGCCUCGCCGCCGCCGGCGGGAGGCAUCCCAACUUGGAGCACGGACCGAGUGCACGGAGCCUCGCCGCCGCCGCCUACAGAGCCGGCUGACGCCCACGGAGCUUCGCCGUCGCCGACGGGAAGCCUUCCAACGCGGACCAGCCACGGAAACGAAGCCGCUGGUGACGCCGUGUUGCCGCCGCCGGCGGACACGGGCCAACCCGGGGCCACUGCGGUGCAGCCUGCAGGCCCGGAUGCAGCGGCUGUAGCUUACGGAGCCUCGCCGCCGCCGGCGGGAGGCCUACAAACGCUGAGCACGGGCCGAGGCGUAGCUGCCGGCACCGCUGUGUCGUCGCCGCCGGCGGACACCGUCCGGACCGGGUGUACCGCGGCGCAGCCUACCAGGCCGGCUGCAGCUUACGGGGCCUCGCCGCCGCCGGCGGGAGGCCUACCCACGCGGACCAGGGACGGAGGUACAGCCGCCGGCUACGCCGUGUCGCCGCUGCCGGGGGACACCAGCCAAGCCGACUGUUGUGCGGCACAGCCCAUCGAGCUGAGUGAGACUACUGAUGUCUACGGAGCCUCGCCGCCGCCGGCGGGAGGCAUGCCAACUCGAAACACGGAUGGAGGCCCAGCCGCCAGCACCGCCGAGUCGCCGCCGCCGGCGGGCACCGGCCAAGCCGGCUGUAGUCAUGCGGCGCAGCCUACCGAGCUGGCUGACGCCUACGGAGCCUCGCCGCCGCCGGCGGGAGGCCUGCCAGUACGGAGUGGGGACGGAGACCCGCCCGCACAAAUGGUGGCGGCUCACGCCGCCGCGCUCCUCCGUACGCCGCAGGGAUGCGUGUCCGCCGGUGACAAGUCCGAUCGGCGCGGUGACACGAACCUCGGUGACACCACCCUCCACUCGGUCGAGGUGGUGGAUGAGGACCCGCUUCACGCAGCUGCCGUCGCAGCUAUGCUCGCUGAGCGGGAUACGGAGUGCGACUCGCGUCUGCCGCCGCUCGUGGCCCCGAGUCCAGGGGUGACCAGAGCCGCCGCUGACCGCGACCCGUGGCCGCCACCGACACCGGAGCGACGCCUGCCGCGGACCUCCCCGUGCGACGGCGGGCGCGUCCGCUGCAAGAAGCGCCCGAGACGCCGCGGAAGAGAGCGCAGGCGCCGCCGUUUGCACCGCGCUGCGGUGGCCUUGUGCGCCCGGACCCCGGAGGGUCCGCUGUGGCGCUUUGGAGUGAAGACGAUGUGA